GGCCAAACGUCCCAUCUUGUGGAGUGUCCAUUGAAACCAUCUCAAGAACUUGUUGAAUUCUUGUUCAGGCACCCUUUUAUUCACGCCGUUCGACAGAUACCCUUUGUUGAAACAAGGGUUUUGUAGCUGGCAAUUCCAGAGUAUAUAGUACAUUAUUGUCGUUUGGUGGGUAGCGAGGAAUUGGGUAGACGCUCACCGGUUUGCCUACUAUCAUGGCAAUGAGCGGUCAUACAGCCCGCCGCUGGUGGGCUAUGGUGGUUUUGACUACAUUUUGGUCGUUACUGGUUCAGCUCGCAUCCACUGCUGGAGCGACAUCUCUUCAUGCACGGGAUGGGAGUGUCGGCCGUUACCCUACUACGUUCGAAAGCGUACCACAGAAAUUGUUUUACUUUGAAAACUCUGAGGUCAUUCUCAUGUACGAAAAUGCUAGAAUCUGGCGAUCGACUGAUGAGGGCCGGACGUGGACAAAGGUCUCAAAUAUACCUGAUCGGUCUGCUACUCUUUUGAUUCACCAUCCGCAUGCCAAGGACACAACGGCCAUCGUCUUGACCCGUGGAAAGGAACAUUACAUAACAACGGAUCAAGGGGAGCACUGGAGGACUUUUAGCACUGACCUUGAACUCGUUUAUUCCGGUCAUGCAAAGUUUGCGUUCAAUGCCAAAAAGGGAAAAGCAUCAUACAUACUUUUUACUGGUGCUAAAUGCGAAGGCAGCGAUUGGACCAGAACAUGUCAUGAGGAGACAUUCUAUACAAAAGACAACUUUAAAACUGUGGAAAAGCUGUUGACCUAUACCACCGAGUGUGUAUGGGCGAAUGGGUCACCGCAUUUCGAGUACCCUUCAGAGGAUGCUAUUUUCUGUGCAGAAUGGCCGGACGACCUGAAACAUGGCGACUCGUCGCGCAAAGAUCCAACACAACUUCGUCUUGUCAAAAGUGACACCUAUUUCAAAGAUGCCAAGCGUGAGGUUAUUCCACUGGGCGGUGGCGGCGCUGUUGGAAUAGGCAUUGUUGAGCGGUUUUUGGUCAUUGCUGUGAAAAUGCCGAAUACUGGAGCUGCGGAGCUUUUUGUGUCAACGGAUGGAAAUGUGUUCAGUCGAGCUCGUUUCCCACUGGGAACCAAUAUGCAGCAGGAGGCAUACACGGUGCUUGAAUCAUCGACAAUGUCACUCGCGAUUGAUAUGUUGGCCGGAAAGACUUCGUCAACUCGACCGUCUCUGUAUGGAACUCUGUAUUUUUCCAAUACGAAUGGAACGCAUUUUGUCAAGUCGUUAGAGCAUACAAAUCGCGCCAGGGGGGGUCACGUUGAUUUUGAGAGAAUCCAGGCGUCGAUUAUUCAAGGGAUACAACUUGCAAAUGUAGUCGUCAAUUGGCAAGAGAUUGAGCGUUCAGGCAUUGAAGCAGACAAACAGCUUGCCACAAAGCUCUCCUUUGACAAUGGCGGAAGAUGGGAUUUGCUCCGACCGCCAGCGGUAGAUGCAGAGAAAAAGCAAUGGUCUUGCACACCUGCAACCUCCGGGCCCGUCAAGCAAGAUUGUGCCCUACACUUUCAUUCCGUCACCCAUCCACAUAAUGUGGGGAGAAUAUUUUCGACAAGUGGCGCUCCUGGGAUCCUAGUCGGGGUGGGGACAGUCGGUCCUUACCUGCAGCCUUACGAAAAGAGUGAUACAUUCCUCUCAACCGACGCUGGGCGAACGUGGAUAGCGGCUGCAAAGGGGCCUCAUAAGUACGAGAUUCUGGAUUCCGGGGCAAUCAUCGUGCUCGUACCAGACAAAGAUACUACUGACCACGUCAUUUAUUCAACGGAUCAUGGGAAAUCGUGGCAGUCGGAACCCCUGGAACUCGGAGAGUCGAAGAAAUGGAAGCCUUUAAUGACAAUCCUUGAUAAUGAUUCGACAUCUCAGAGGAUGCUGCUGUUUGCUCAGGAUAAGGAGGAGAAGAACAAGUACAUGGUGCAACUAGACUUUGGCGAUGUAUUGAAACGUCGUUGCGACAAUGUGGAUCAUCCAGAAAACAGCAAAGAUUUUGAACUGUGGAGACCUGGCGAUAAUGUCGGUGGACAGACCUGUCUUCUCGGCAAGUCAGUCGCAUUUUACCGGCGCAAAGCGGAUGCAAAUUGUUAUGUCAAAAAGAAGUUUCAAGCGCUCCCAACCCAGGAGGAGAUUUGCGAGUGUGGUGCUCAUGACUAUGAGUGUGAUGUGGACUUUGUGCGAGAUGACUCCCGCCCUGACGAUCUUAUCUGUAAACCUGUUGGCGAUAUCAAGGAUCAGCCUUUGGACUGCAAGCCUGGAGACACAUAUAAUGGCAAAUCAGGGUAUCGAAAGAUUCCUGGGGACGUGUGCAAGAACGACAAGUACCCACUAACGAAAGAAAAAACUUGCCAAAAAGUGGAUCGGCCCAUUGGCAUAGUGGACCCACCUGCAGGAAGGGAUCCGAGCUCCUCAGUAAAAGAUUUCGAUACCUCUAUCGAGCACGUCUUGUACUUUCGCAAGUCAUCUGUCGUCGUCAUGCGGACAUCCUCGAAGCAAGUAUGGCGCAGUAAUGAUGAAGGCAGUACCUGGGAGCGCGUUCUCGAGGAUAAAGGACCCAUUAUGGGCAUGGGCCUCCACGAAACUGCUGAUAAGCGCGCAUUCUUCUUUACGGACAAAGGGGAAAUAUGGAUGACGGACGAUGCGCUUGCUGGUGGCAGCGGUACUUUACGGAAGCUAGACACUCCUAAGCAGUUCAAUACCAUUGGUCUCCCAAUCAUUGACUUCCAUCCGGAUCAGCCGGAUUGGUACACUUUCCUUGGUGGGGCUCGUGGCUGUAGCUCGAACUCGAAAAAUUGCUACACCGAAGCAUAUAUUACCAAAGAUAACGGCAAAAGUUGGAAGAGCAUUGAAACAUGGGCGAACAAAUGCAUCUGGGCACGAGAUGUUAAAUUCAAGAAUCCCGCGAUCGAUGAGGACGCUGUCUUUUGUAUGAGCUACAAGUACAAGAAUGGCAAUAUUGGACAACCGGAUUUGAAUCGGGGCGGUGGUGGUGACAACACCGUCCAGUUGGUGGAAUUCACCAAAGAAGGCAAAGCAAAGAAAGUCUUGAUUGACAAGGGGGUUCGAGAAUUCUACGUGGUCAAUGGUAUCAUGGUAGUCGCCGCGGAAGUUGCAUCCGAGUUGAAACUCUUGGUUUCCGUGAAUGGCCAAGACUUUGUGGCAGCGCAGUAUCCUCCAAACACAAAGAUUGAGAAAAACGCGUUCACCGUCCUGCAAUCCACUACAUCUGGCGUCUUUUUGGACGUUGGACAGAGCACCCGCGAAAAUGCUGAAUACGGAACCUUGUUCAAAUCCAACCAGAACGGAACAUACUAUUCACGCAUGCUUGAAAACACUAAUCGAAAUGGCCAUGGCAUGGUUGAUUUCGAAAAAAUGCAGGGCGUCGAAGGUAUUAUCGUCGGAAAUGUCGUUAUAAACGUUAAUGAGCUCUACGGCUCCAUUAGCAAAAAGCUACGUAGCACCAUAUCAUUUGAUGACGGGAGUACCUGGAAGCCUAUUACUGCUCCCAGUUUCGAUGCCAAUGGAAAAGCGCUCGACUGUAAAGAAGACUGCAGUCUCCACUUGCAUUGUCAUGCGGAUAUGAAAAACACUGUCAUGCACGCAUCGCAAGCUAUGCACUCGAAUGCGAAUGCAGCGGGUGUCAUGGUUGGUGUUGGGAAUGUUGGAGCUCAUCUUGACGAGUAUAACGAGGGUAAUGUCUACAUCACGAGAGAUGCUGGACAUACGUGGAUGGAAGUCUUUAAGGAUGCUCAUCGAUGGGCUCUUGGAGAUCAUGGUGGUUUGAUUGUGAUCAUCAACGAUGAAGGUCCUACAGAUUUCUUGAUGUACUCUUGGGAUUUCGGCUUAAGCUGGGCAAAGUACAAGUUCGUUUCCCGCCCAAUCCGGGUUGCAUUGCUGACAACAGAACCCACCUCGACCUCUCUGAAAUUUGUUGUUAUCGGGUCUUACGCGUCAACCAACGCUUGGACGGGCGGGAUGGCUGUCAUUUCUAUUGAUUUUGACAAGAUCUUUGCUCGACAGUGUCGAAAAGAGAAUGGCGACUUUGAGUCAUGGAUGCCGAGUUCGGGCGAUACUGGGAGUGGCCACCGAUGCUUCCUGGGCAAGGAGGUAACCUUUCAGCGCAGGAAAGCAGAAGCACUCUGUCGGGUCGGAAAGGAAUUCCAGGACACAGAAAGGAAUGAUAAGACUUGUCUGUGCACGAAUGACGAUUUUGAAUGUGAUUACAACUUUUUCAAGGACCCCACCACGAAAGAGUGUGUACUAUUCGGUGUCGACCCCAAGAGACCAGCAGAUUGCCCCAAAGGUACCAAAUACGAGGGCUCGUCAGGUUAUCGGAAGAUCCCCGCAUCGCAAUGCGCCGGUGGAGUAGACAAGACAACCGACGUGGAGCGAGAAUGUGGCGAAACAGGAUCCAUUGGAGACGUCAUCAUCACAUCGACUAAAUUGGCGGAUGAGUUGGCGGACUACUUUUACUUCAAUAACACGGACACAGUGAUCAUGUUACUUAGGAACGGAAAUACUCUGAUCAGUCAAGACGGUGGCCGGAAAUGGGACCGCGUGCUCCAGGAUGUUAGAGUUACGGCCAUAUGGACUGAUCCAUUUUGGGAUACGCGCGCCUGGUUCAUCACGAGUAACAAGGAGUUAUGGUAUACAGAGGACAAGGGACAUUCUUUCCACUCCCUCACUUUACAGGCGGUGGGAUCAACAGACGUUGCCACAGCUAGUGUCCUAAGUACGCACGCCGAGGAGAAGGGCUGGCUACUGUGGAUGGGUCGGCGGGACACUUGUGACGAUAAGACGUAUCAGAGGUGUACUGACGCAUGGUGGAGCACAGAUUACGGGAGAACGUGGAAGCUCCUUUUGCAAAAUGUCAGGCAGUGCAGUUGGGCAGUUGACGGGAUGUUUAAGGUUAAGGACAGAAACACAGUCUUUUGCAUUGACUGGAUGAAGAAAUCCUCUGAUGUGUGGGUCAAGAGGUUGGCGAAGACGGUUGAUGUUGGAAUGGGAAAAGAAGGUUUCAAGACGGUUAUGGAACGCAUUGUUGCUUAUGCGGUGUUUAAUGAGUUUAUGGUUGCUCCCAUGCAACAUGUCGACAGCAGUGAACUGAUCAUGCAUGUGACAUUGGAUGGGGAAGAAUGGGCUCAAGCACACCUCCCCGCGGGCUUUAAAGUACCUGAUAUCGGAUAUACGGUGCUUCAAAGUACAACUGGGAGCAUCUUUCUGGACACGCUCGUGAACCGAGUCAAAGGUCGUGAGUACGGUACGCUUUUCACGAGUAAUUGGAAUGGAACGUUCUACCAGCUCAGUCUGGAGAAUACAAACCAAAACCUGAAUGGAUUUGUUGAUUUUGAGAAGCUGCAAGUACUAGAGGAAAUCGCUUUGAUCAAUCACGUGUCAAAUGUUGAUGAAGUUGCAGCUGGGGCUACCAAGAAGUUGAUCAGUAAGAUCACGUUUAAUGAUGGUGCUACGUGGAGCUUUAUCAAGCCACCAAAUACGGACGUACAGGGGAAACCAUACGAUUGUUCAUCGUCUGACGGGCCAAGUUGUUCCUUGCACCUGCAUUCAUAUACAACGCGUGAAGACAAACGGGAUCAAUUCUCGGCCUCCUCGGCAGUUGGCAUGAUUAUGGCAGUGGGAAGUGUCGGGAGCAGUUUGAAAGGGUACAGAGACUCUGAUACCUUCCUGUCACGCGAUGGCGGACGAAGCUGGAGUGAGAUAACGAAAGACGCACAUAGAUGGGAAUUUGGUGAUCACGGGGGACUUCUUGUCCUCGUGAACGACGAGGGUCCAACCGAUGUCAUCAAGUAUUCCCUCGAUAUGGGUAGAACCGACUUCCGGGAACUCAAGUUUACCAAUGACCUUGGCGGGAAGUUAAAUGUCAAGUACAUGUUCAGUGAGCCAAAGGGUACAGGCAGAGGAUUUGUCAUUGUGGGGACUCUGAAAGGGGGACCUGCAGAUGGGGAGACGAUUGCAGUUCACCUCGGAUUUGACAACCUUGGGCUUCGAGAGUGCUUGUUUGAUGAAUCGAAUCAUGACAUGAGCGACUUUGAAGUUUGGAAUCCCGGCCGUGAGACCAGUGCAAAUGGAACUUGCUUCUUUGGCCAGCAGAUUGAUUACUAUCGUCGUAAACCGGAACGGCUAUGUGUGAUUGGUCAACAAAAUUUGGAAGGACGAACCAAUGCACGCCCAUGUGAAUGUACGAUGGCAGACUACGAAUGCGAGUAUAACCACGCACGAAAUGAAAAGGGCGAAUGCACCCUCCUUCCCGGUCUGUUACCACCAGAACCUCGAUGCAUUGACGGUCUUUUGAGAAAGCCAACCGCUUACCGUAAGCUCAAGAAAUCAAAAUGUCAGGGAGGUGCUAACCUGGACUUGGGUGAAGUUGUGGGGGUCUGUGGACGGAGACGGUUGAGCGGUGCCAGUUGGUUUUUCAUCAUCGUGGGUUCGGUGGGUGCUGCGGGAGCGGUGACGUGGGGAUUCAUCCGGUACCGAGGACGCAUGUUUGGAAGAAUAAGAUUGCCUGCGGACGAUUACGACUACGUGGCAAACCGCGGCGGCUCUGGCGGACACGGUAUCAUGGCUACCGCGAACCACAUUAUACGAACAGCCGUGGCUGUCUUUGCAGAAGCUGGAGAAGUCGUUGUUGAGCGUGGUCGGCAGUUUUGGGACUGGAUCAUGGGCAAUGUCAGACGGGGGGAGGGAUACGCUCCUGUUGGUGUGCCUGUUGGCGGACGAACGAGUUUGGAAGAUACAAGUUUAUUGGAUUUAGAUGAUUAUUAGUGGAUGAAUUUUUUGUUAGGGAAAUUGGGUACAUUUUGCCAUGUAGCGUUUUGCUUCUUGCUCUGUGAAGGGAAUAACAAAAUAUCAACAAAUGGAUAUUAUCAUAAAAAAAAAGGGUAACCCACUGACUGUCUA